CCUCCAUGGUGGAACACUAAACAAUCAUGAGAUGCGACAUAGAGUUGUGCAUUUUUAAGUGUCCUGAUUCGUUUGUCUGUUAUUCAAUGUCUUUCAGUGUUCUGGCACUUCCAGUUGGUAUUUUAACACGAGUCCUUAUAGGCUAAAUGUAUUUCAUCCAUUUGAGCUCUUAACCUGCAUGUAAUUACUGAAGUCGUCAUGGGGAACCGGACAAACAGUGUUUUCCAAUCCUGAACAUUAUAUUAAUCUGUGAUAUCAGAAUGGUUAGCUGGUCGACUGGGUGCAACCAACACAGCUGCCAAGUCCGGCAGAAUAUCCCAAGAUCAACCCGCAACAAGACAAAAUAUGGAUGUUCAACAAAAAAAGAGACAAUAAGUACAUGAGUGAAGCAUUAUCCUGGGCGCUGAUAGAGGAAUUACACAGUAGCAGCCUCUGCAGCUAAUGAUCAUCAACUCCAUGAUUGUUCCAGCAGUCAUUUGUGCUCUGCUGAGCUGGAUGUGUGGUGUUGCAGGUAGCAGCAGCUGCAGUGAAGCAGAAAGAGAAGCCCUUGUAAAUUUCAAGGCCGAUAUCCAAGACCCUUCAGGCCGGCUAUCUUCUUGGUCUGGCAGUAAUGGAGACUGUUGCAACUGGCGUGGCGUUGAAUGUGACAAUACUACUGCCCAUGUCAUCAAGCUUCAUCUCGGAUGUCCUGGUUGUUUUGAGAAUUAUGUGCUCAAGGGCAAGAUAAGCCCUUCCUUACUUGGGUUGAAGCAUCUGAGAUAUUUAGACCUUUCAGACAACAACUUCCAAGGGAUUCCGAUUCCAGGUUUUCUAGGUUCCAUGAGCAGUUUGGAUUCUCUUUUCCUUGGUGGAUGUGGAUUUGCCGGAGCCAUCCCUCAUCAACUUGGAAACCUCUCAAACUUGCAACGUCUUAGUCUGCGCGCUGGUCAUGGCUAUGUACUACAUGCUGAUACUCUGCAGUGGCUCCCUGGUCUUUCUUUGCUACGAUAUCUUAACUUGAGAAAGGCUGAUCUCAGCAAUGUUUCCGAUUGGCUCAGCAUGGUAAACAAACUCCCUUUUCUUUCUGAACUCGAUCUUUCGAAUUGUCAAAUAAGCCAUAUGCCAUCACAUUUAAUGAAUGUCAACCUUUCAUCAUUGGCUGUUCUUGACCUGCAACGCAAUGAAUUUGCUCCAACUUCGCUUCCUAUCUGGGUUUCUCAUCUCAGAGGCCUGACUUCUUUGGAUCUAAGGUACAACGAUUUCAGAGGUCCAAUUCCUGAUGAGCUUCAGAACCUUACCUCCAUAAGAGCUCUUCACCUGUCCACCAACGACUUCAAUGGUUCAAUACCAGAUUGGCUGUUCAGUUUUCCCCACCUUGAGGACUUAGAUCUCAUCAGCAACAAGUUGGUUGGUAAGAUAUCAAGCUCAAUUGGGAACUUGACCUCUCUUGUCAACCUCGACUUGUCGUUCAACUAUGGCCUUGAAUUUGAAGGAGGGUUUCCUAGGUCAAUCAAAGGGCUGUGCCAAUUGAGCUCGCUCUGUCUAUCAGGGACAACUUUAAAGCAUAGUGUAUCAGAUGUGUUUGAAAUCCUUGGUGGAGAAUGCCCUUCAGAAACACUUCAAGUAUUGGAAUUGGAUAGUUGCCAGCUAUUUGGUCAGUUGUCUGAUGACAUCGGGAAUUUGAAGAGACUAAACAGACUGGUGCUCACUGACAACUCCAUAUAUGGUUCCCUUCCAGCGUCAUUUGGUGGCAUGGCAUCUUUGAAGUACUUGAGAAUCGAAAGAAACAAAAUAAAUGGGACUCUUCCUGUGAGUUUUGGUCAGCUGGCAGAGCUGAGAAAUGCUGACAUUUCUCAGAACUCGAUUGAGGGUGUCUUCUCAUCAGAGAUUCACUUGGCCGAGCUCACCAAGUUGCUUAGUCUCCGUGCAGCUGGAAACCAUAUCGUGUUGGAAGUGAAACGAGAUUGGGUUCCUCCCAAGCAGCUCGAGGUACUGGACUUAAGUUCAUGGUACGUUGGACCUCACUUCCCCAUAUGGCUCCGAGAAAUCGAGCAUCUCGUGUCUCUUGAUCUCUCCAACUCUGGAAUUCUAGAACCCUUUCCCGAUUGGUUCUGGGGCAUGCAUUCUCAGCUCUUCUAUCUCAACAUGUCUCGCAAUCAGAUCCCUGGGAGGCUUCCAAAUUUAAUCUUAGCUCCUUCCGUUGACUCAUUGUUUGAUUUGAGUUGGAACCGCUUGGAGGGUCCCCUGCCAAUUAUCUCUUCCAACCUGACUUUCUUGGACCUUUCCAACAACUUUCUCUCUGGAGACUUGCUCAACUUCUUGUCCUCCAAUCCAUCUCAGGUGAGGCAGACAGAGUUUCUCAACCUUCACGGAAACUUGUUGUCUGGAGAGAUACCCGAUUACUGGAGUAGUUGGCAGAGCUUGAAGGUUUUAAGAUUGGGAAGCAACAACUUAACAGGGAAGAUCCCAGAGUCCAUUGGAAGCUUGAGCAACCUUCUGUCGCUGCGCAUUCAGAACAACAGCCUGAGUGGUGAAAUCCCUUCAUCCCUUGCCAACUGCUCAAACAUAGUCUCCAUCGACUUAGCCGACAAUGGACUGGAAGCCAACAUUCCAAAUUGGAUUGGGGAACGAGGGCUUCAGAAGCUGUCCAUCUUAAAUCUGCGUGGCAACAAGUUCUUGGGAGAAAUUCCUGAGCAGCUUUGUUCUCUGCAGCAUCUGCAGAUCCUGGACCUUUCCCAUAACUUUCUGUCUGGGAACCUCCCGCAGUGUGUGGGUAAUCUCAGUGCCAUGUCUGGCUCCAGAAACGACGAUCAAGGAGUGAUUUACUUGUUCUUUGGCGGGGCGAAAAUGUUUGUUGAAUACCAAGUUCUGGUGGCACAAGGGCAGGUCAAGGCUUACAGCACCAUAUUGAACUACGUCAGGAGUCUGGACCUUUCAUGGAACAACCUGUCAGGCGAAAUCCCAGAAGAGAUCACAAGGCUUGGGACCCUGAAAUAUGUCAACUUGUCGCGCAACUCAUUCUCGGGUGGGAUCCCAGGGGAUUUAGCUUCCAUGACAUCCUUGGAAUCACUGGACUUGUCUGGAAAUCAGCUAUCUGGAGCAGUGCCUCCAGGCUUGGCGAGCCUGACAUUCCUCAAUCACCUCAACUUGUCGUACAACAGCUUGAGUGGCCGAAUUCCUUCAAGCACUCAACUGCAGAGCUUUGACGCAUCCAGCUUCAUGGGAAACAAGGGACUCUGCGGCCUACCAUUGGAUUUGAACUGCAGCAGCGAAAACAACUCUUCUGGUGAAGGGAAUGAGGUCUACUGGUAUGAUAUGGACUGGUGGUACUUCAUCAGCAUCGUGCUUGGCUUUCUGGUUGGCUUUUGGGGCGCAGUUUUCCCAAUUGCAGUUAACCCAAAAUGGAGAAGCAUGUAUUUUGGUUUCGUGGAUCACAUGGGGAACAAGCUCGGUACUUUAUUGAUGCCUAGCGCUGGUGGAUCCCUUCCUGCUGCACGAGGAUGAUUCCUGCAGGUUAUUAGUUCAAAGACUUUGUUUCUAUGGUUUGAAGCAACUCCGUUUAUCUCUUAGAACGUACUCUCACAAAAUGCAUAAACGUUCCGUGCGUGAUUCAAUGACGGUGCGUCAUGUAAGCAUGUUUUUGUAGAUGAUGUUGUGAAUACCAUAGAUAAACUUUUUUAGAACUUAAUCAUCACGCUGCGAAUCUGAAAAUUAAAAUGAUAGAGAUUUCAUUCUGUUAAUUUAUUUGAUUGGACACAAUUUGUUAAGUGUAUAUAUUACCACGUACUUCAAAAAUUUAUAUGGUGUUAAUAAAACUUCAGGAACCAU